GUAGGCGACGUGUGUCCCUCUCUCGUUUUCUGUCUAUUUUUCUCGUCUUCUCCUUACGAAUCGCUCUCUCUCUCUCUAAAACUCUCUCUUAUCUUGAUUUCAAUCUGUUGGUUUUUCCCAUCACUUUCUCUCCUUCUCUCUUCGGACCGCCUUGUCCCUUGCGAUCUCCAACUGAUGGCAUCGCAGGACAGAGGUCGGCCAUUGCCUAAAUUUGGCGAGUGGGAUGUGAACAACCCUGCCUCCGCUGAGGGAUUUACAGUAAUAUUUAACAAGGCUAGAGAUGAGAAGAAGACUAAUGCUGCUGGGAACGUUGCAUCACCACGAAGAAAUGGUAAUGGAUAUAAGCAAAACGAGGAUUAUCAUUAUUCCCCAAAGAGGAAGUGGUUUUGCUGUGGUUGACCCCAUACUUUCAUACAGAGCCUUUAAUCAGUAUAACACGCACGGUAUGAUGUUAUAAUAAUGGCGAUUUCUGAAAGAACUUUUCUGUGUAUGCAGCACACUGAUGAGCAUGGAGUGGUUUGUGAUCUUUUUUUUUUUUUUUUUCUUCUCAUAAACUUGUGCUUUAUCCUGCUUCUUCUUUGCUUGUCAUGCUUGCCACAGACCUAGACUCCGGGAGGAAAGUCAUGGACAAAUACACGAACCUUUUAUUUGAUGUUCACUAAGGAAAUUUCUAUUUCGUUUUUAUAGAUUCAACUUUACAUUU